CUUGUCGGGAGUUUAAAUUGACACUUAAUUUAUUCUGCGGAUGACUCAUGAUUUGAGAAGAUCUUAUCAUUUCAUCUAGUGUUUUAGUAGCGCGAUAGAGUGAUAUUUAGGUAAGAUAAUUGCUAUAUCCAAAAUUCAAACACAAACAGAUAUCAGAUGAAUUUUGAGUUUGUUCAAGUGAAGAUUAUCAAGUGAGGAAGAAUCAUCCAAUCAACGUGGAAUAAUUCAAUGAGAUGAUAAUGAUACCUGCCCAAAAGAUUAAAUAUCGAUUCUAGUCUUUAGUCAGUUGCGCUUUGGCCAGACUUUCGAACGCACGUUAAAGUUAAAUUCAGUGAAAAUGAGAAGAAAAUUCGCUCUCCUUCUUCUGGCGACGAUCAUUGCAUUGUCUCAUCAGAUAUCAACUCCUGAAUCAUCUCACUAUGUGGCCGGCGUUGUAGAGUUUACCUCUGACAAGAAGAUCGGUGUACAGAGAGUUCAAGCAAAUAUGGAAGCUUACAAGGAGAUCAUAGCUUCUGAAGAGGCGAAAAAUGUAGACAUUCUUGUAUUUCCCGAAGCCACGUUGAACACGAAGAGUUUCUCUACAUUUGUUCCUCAUCCAGAUGAUGAGAUUGCUCCGUGCGAUGGUGAAAACUUCGAGUUCUUCCUGCGAAAUAUUUCCUGCUCCGCCAGAACGCACAAGAAGUACAUUGUGAUCAAUCUGACAGAAAAGCAUUUGUGCACUGAAGAAGAACAGGAGGCUCUGAAUGACGACAGACCGUGUGCAGAGAAUGGCUUGAGUUACUACAACACGAACGUCGUGAUGAACAGAAACGGCACUGUUGUGUCCAGAUACAGGAAGUUCCAUCCUUUCGGCGAGACUGGUAUCAACACUACUAUCACGGCAGAUAUCAGCAUUUUCACCACAGAUUUUGGCGUGACUUUUGGCCACUUUAUCUGUUUUGAUAUCCUCUUUGAUGAUCCACCACUCAAGCUUCUUGAAGCCGGUGUAAAAGACAUAAUAUUUCCCUCAUUGUGGUACUCAGAACUUCCCUAUCUCACUGCCGUCCAGACGCAGUACAUGUGGGCUUGGAAGCACAACGUGAACUUCCUGGGCGCUGGUGGCAAUAAUCCUAAUACUAGAAGCACAGGAUCGGGAAUUUUUGCUGGAAGGAAAGGACCGCUGACUUACGUGAUGGCCAGCACAACAAUGAGAAAACUUUUGGUGGCAAAUGUACCCAAAGCGCACACUCUUGAAGGUCCUUACACUCACGAUCCCGUGGCGGUAAAAUCAACGGAAGAGCAGAUGUUGAAUUUGCGUCUUCUACGCGAUUUCGUAGACAUUUACACCACGAAAUUGGUGGAUGUUAGUAAGAAGAAAGGCUCUGAGAAGCUCUGUUUCGAUACGCUUUGCUGUGACUUCAAUUACGAGCUGAUCUUUGAUGAUUCUCUUCUCACGAAUGGGAGCGAUUACUUCAGAUACCGCAUGGCAGUUUUCGAUGGUGUUCGCUCAUAUUAUAACGUUGAAACCGGAGGAGUUUUCUCGUGUGGACUCAUCACCUGUCCUACAGACGAUUUGGAGAGCUGUGCCACAAGAUUCGACGCGUCGGUUAAUGUCGUUAAUCCUGUAACUUUCACUUCUAUCAAGAUUUCCGGUACUUUUCCGUCGAAUCCUCACAUCCUAACAAUGCCAAAUACACUUGACAACGUAAUCCUUCCGAUCGACUACAAUAAACUCCACUACGAGGAAUGCGAAGAGAGAAUAGUGGAUGGCGAAUCGUACAAAGAUAUCACACUGGAGCUGAUAAUUCCAAGAAAUGACAUUCGUACUUUCGCAAUCUACGGCCGAAACUUCGAGAAAGACGGGCAAAAUGUAACGACGAGCGGUGCAAGUUCCUCUGUUCUGGCCAGUACUUUGAUGUUUCUCUAGCAGAACAGCAAGUGAUCAUCAUAAGAGCUGUAAAUCCUAGUUUAACGACCAAUGAACCGAGUUUUCUGCCGUUUUUUCGGGGAGGUCAUCUGUGAAGUCGGCGGCAGCCGCAUUUAUAU